AUGGGCUCCAGCGGCACCGCAGUGAACAGGCCAGUGGUGGGGCCGAACUGCGUGGUCAAGUCACUGAGCAGCAAUACUCAAUCAGUGCGCUCCACCGCCUCUGCCUCUGCCGUCCAGCACAUUGGAAACGGCAAGGACCCCCACAAGAAGCUGGACCGCAGCUUCAGUGAGCCGGCGGAGAAGAAGACGAGCAGCGCCUCGAGCAGCGGCUCACAGGCGUCCCAGUCUCUUGGACCGUCCUCGCGGUACAAGACUGAACUGUGCCGAAGCUUUGCCGAGGUCGGAUCGUGCAAGUACGGCGACAAGUGCCAGUUUGCUCACGGCGAGGAGGAGCUGCGAACGGUGACGCGCCAUCCUAAGUUUAAAACGGAAAACUGCAAGUCCUUCCACUCGACCGGUUUCUGUCCGUACGGUCCUCGCUGUCACUUCAUCCACAACACUGACGAGUCCUCGAAGAAGGCGAAUGUGCAGAAUGGCAGUAACGGCAACAGCAACGGCCCCUCUACGCCCACCACGACCAUCACCCAGCGAAUGUUCGAGAACCCUCUGCCUGCUUCGGUGUCUGCCGUCUCCGGUGGCCACGGUAUGAACCACGGCAUCAGCCAACAACAGCCGGCGCCCUUCACUACAUCGAACAGCAAUGCCAACAUUGUGCGUCCAAAGGCGCUCUCACUGGGCAGCUACAGCCUAGGCUCGUCGGGAGAGAUUUCGCCACCGAGCAGUCAGAGCGGCAGUCCAACUUCACUCAACAGCUUCUUCACCGAAGACAGCUUCGGCCUAGGCACGCCAUUCGGUUCCGCUAGAGCCCCCAUUUCUCGACUGAACUCUGUGAACGCCUUUCAGUCUGCUCCGGGCGGAGGGAACACCUUCUCCUUUUCGCCUGACAGCGCCUUUGUCUCCUUCAACAGUGCCGUGAACAAUGCCAACAGCAGCAGCAGCAACAGUGGCUCGUCGCUUUCAUUUGGCGGCAGCAAGUGCAUCUUUGGGGGCUCACAGCCGACGCUCAACUCGCGAUAUUCGCCCGAACCAACGAGCGCUGACGAGACGGCAAACAGUGUCAUCUUUUCCCUCUUCAGCUCGUCCAUCAACAACGAGCCAAUGCAGCUGAAUGAGUUCAUCCAGCGAGCCAUGUCUCCCAUUAACAAGUCAUCGAUGAUGAUGUACCCCAGCUCACCGGAGUCGCCCGUCGACAGCGUCGCCUCUGAGAUUGAGGCUUUGAAGCUGGGCGAA